AUGAAAUUCGCCCAUGAUUAUAAGCAGUCGCUGGCUAGUCAAGGCUUCCCGCCUCACUGGGUUGCCCAUGCGAUCCCUUACGGCCAGCUAAAGAAAUGCCUCAAGAAAGUGCAACGAGAGCUUCAAGAGCUGGGACUUGAUGCCGAAACCUUGCGUGCACUUCUCGAUCCCAACACGGAUUCUCCAGUCGCCUUGAAUUAUAGCCUCAACCCAUCCUCCAGCUCUAAACUUGUGCGACCCAAGUUAACGGUGAAUAUUCAUCUGCACGAGGGCAACAUUAUCGAUGCGUCGCUAGCACCAACCACACGCCACUUCUUCGAGAAAAUCGCUUCUGGAUUUGCUCCUGACUCUUCUGAGAGCGAGGGAGAAACCAAACCAGUUGAUAUUUCGCGCGCCGAAACGAGCGACGAGGGGACGCGUGCAACACCGCAAACUGUCAUAAAUGGAAACGGCGCAGGCCAUGAAAAGCACGACAUUAUAGAGGUGCCCCUCGUAUCUGACGGUGUCUUCUUCGACAUCCUUCAAAGUGAUCUCGGCGGUUUGGAUGCCUUGCAAGCCACGGAGCGGGACCAGCUGAAAAAGGAGGUCAAAGAGAUAGGAAAACAAGUUUCGCAAGUGUCCCGGCCGACGCGCUUUUCGAAGAGCGACCUCGACCACUGGAGGCACAUAUUCGAGCUAUAUCUGGAUGCCGAAGUGUUUUUUGCAACGCACGAGCAAGAACACGGAGCUCGCUCUAGCCAAAAGGCUCUCCAGCAAUUGCAGUGGUUUCAGAAUCAGGUCCAGAAACAACAGCUUGUCGCCUCAUUCAAGUUGGCAGAAAGCCGAUCUGCCUUUUCGAAAUUCCUUGAGCUCAAUCUCACCCUCUUGAAGCAUCUACAGUUUCAGGAACUAAACAUGUUGGCAAUCUCGAAAAUAUUGAAGAAAUUUGAUAAACGCACUGCAUUGGGCGUUUCUCGUGCUUUCCCGAACGCAAUCAGCUCCCGAAAGAUGAUAUCGGGCGAUAUUGCGAAAGAAGUGUGUGCCCGAAUUUCCAACGAGUUGGUUUCUAUUAUACCCCAGAUUAAUGACUACCUUUGCCCGAUAUGCUAUUCGAUUGCAUAUCAACCAGUUCGUCUGGGCUGUCAACACGUUUUCUGCAUUCGUUGCAUAAUCAAGAUCCAGCGGCGCAAGGAGGAGUGCUGCCCCUUGUGUCGAGCCCGUGUAGUGAUGGAUGCUUCCGCCGAAAACAUUGAUACCGAGUUAGAGAAGUUUAUGAAGAAAUACUUUCUCCCGGAAGUAAAGGAGAAGCAACGAGCUAAUGACAUAGAACGGGGGGUAGAGGUGUUUGGCGAAGGCUAUACACGGUCUGAGUGUACUGUUAUGUGA